UUAACUUCAGUUCCUCCAACAAUGUUCAAUCUGUUAUUAACCCUUAAUUCCAACUUUCUUCUUUUCCCAGUCCUUGUACACACAACAUUUGCAAGCACGUUUAUACAUACAAUCCUUUGAAACUGGUUGAGUUUAGUCUCUCUGAAUGUUCAUGCAGAUGCACUAAAAUGUACUAGAAUGAUAUUACUUCUAGUGAAUUGGUGUCCUAAUUGCAGGCACACGACUAACAAUGUGCUCCUCUGUUAAAACUACCCAGCAAAAGUUUUUAUGAUCCUCUAAUUUUUAAGUAGUCUUCAUUUUGUAACUUAUAUGAGAUAUCUUUGUCUCCUCUCCAUCUUAUUGAGUCUUAAAUGUGGAAUUUACUCUCUUCAUGUGGUACUCAAAAUAAGAAAUAUAGUGUUGAUUUUAGGCAGAUUACUCACUGCAUGAAAAAUCUAUAUUGAAUUAGUAGAUGUUUUGCUCACAAAAGUCCUUACUAUGUUCUUCUUCCAAGGAUAUCUGCUAUGUUUGACAAAUUCAGGGAUAAAAUCUGAAAAUCUCCUGAAAGCGAUAACUCAAGAAGGACGUCACCAAAGAUUUUCAAAUAAUUACCAAGUUGCAGCCACUAAAAAUCUUUGAACUCAGUGACCUUGAACUCAAGGUCAAGUUCAGAUGUCAACUUUUUUGAAAAUCAACUAAAAUCUUACGUAUUUACAUCUGUUAGAAGGCUGUGGUGUAGCGGUGGCUACCAGUAUUUCUUUUUAUGUUGUGUUUCUUUUAUGUUUUUUAUGUUUAUGUUUCUUUUACUAAACGGUUGUUGUGUAUUUUAUCAGAAUGUGCGAAAACAGAAUAUAUGCAGUGACACAUAUCUCCAUAUACUGUAUAGCUUGUAAUCAGUAUCUUUAGCCCAGUGUUUGUGUGUGUUUGUUUGUUUGUUUUUUACAAAUCAAAUGACCUUUGUUAAAAAGGCAAUUGUGGCAUUAUGGAAUCAACUGUAAUGUGACCAAAUAUAGGUGCAAUCUGCAUUACCAUUUCUGGAGAAUUUUAAGUUUAGAUGUUAAAUUUAAUAAUUUAAGACCAGUCAGAAAGACUGGACUUUACUGUGUUCAUAAUGACAAUAUUGGGAUUUGUUAGUCAUAACUAUAGUUCAUCCUCCCUGACUAAAGCUUUAACAGCAUGGCAAUCAAGGAGCAGGGCAUAUAGCCCUUGCAUGCCUUCAUUAUAAUAAUGAUGACUUCCAUGAAGUGGUUGAGAUGAACAUGAACUAUAAAUGAGUGAUUGAAGACAUGAGUAUAAAUCAAGGGUGAAAGCUGUCUAAGUGCUAAUCAUUAAAUGAUGCAAGGAAAUACUUAUCACACAAGGCUGCUGGUAAAGAUUAUAAUUAAUUAGAAUUGGAAAGUUUUCGUGUGGUGUCACAGUGACUAGCAUAAUGAAAAUGCUAGAUUUGAUACCCUAAAACAUACGUGCUUGUUUAUUUUCAAAGAAAGGUUUGGAAUGAGAUUGUAGUAAUUUAAUCACACUUGACGACAGCAAGGAAUCAUGGGAGGCAAAUCCAUAACCCAUACUUGAUGAGAUAUGCUUUAAAGUUUAUACACAUUAUCCUUCGACUCCACAAAUUCUCAUUUAGUCACUCAGGGAUAGUAGUACUGCCAAUGUGUUUAGCUUGAAUGUUUUUGAAGUUUUAAAAACAAUACAUUUUGACAAAUGACUCUUUACAGUAACUGUGAUCAGCUAAAAGCUGGUAGUCUUACACCCUCAGAUUAGGUUUGCACUGGAAUACACUCCCAGAGAACAGUGAGAGAGAGAGAGAGAGCUAGUGCAGUGAAAGCAUGCAAGAGGGUGGGAGGGAUAGCUACUUAACAGAGGGUGAACUGCUGUGUGAUCAUCUACUUGUGCUGUGCUGGCUAAUUCGGUUGUAGAAAUCAGGAACUCAGCACUUGUAUAUUUUUUUUAACUUGAAGGAAGAUUUGCUGGUUUGAUUGACACUUAACAAUGUUCACCAGUACAACUGGGUAAAUAUUUUUAUAAAAUACAGGGAAUUGCUAUUACGAGCUGCUGAGCAACCCUCCAUGUGGAAUUAAUCAAUUUUAUAAGAUGGUAUCUACAGGUUGUUCAUUCUUUCUGAUAAGGUUAAGAUGCUGGCUUAUACUUGACCCAUCUUAAGGAGGAGUCACAGAGGCAGUGAUAUCUCCAUGUGUAGGAACAGUUGAUCACAAGUGCCAAUUCUCAGGGAUGUUUCCCAGAGGACACGUCAGUGGAGAGGAUGAACCCAAUGAACUGGAGCCAGUUCCACUCUCACCCAAGAAGAGUGAGCUGCAGAAGAAAAAAACACAGCUUCCCAAUGUAGGGCAAAGUCUCUGUAAAAAACUACAGAAGUGUCUACAGGCACCAGAAGAUAAUUCAUUUCAUGACCAGAUAUCAGUCAGCAAAACAAUAACCAAAGCUAACCCCACCAUAUCUGAGAAAGACAGAAAUUCUGAUUGCCAAGAUGGCAGUGAAGUUGUGGAGGCUUCUAUCCCCAAGAUUCUUGAAAGAAUCACAAAUGAGGAAUGGAGGCAGAAGAUGGAGGAUGAGGAAGCAGACCAUAGUAACGUAGUGGAGCAUAUCCUGAAGGAGCUGAAAGGAAUUAAUAAGAUCCAAGAGGAAAUUUCUGACCUGAGGCAGUAUCUAACGUCUGUGCGAGGCUCAGUGGAUGAAGUAUCUUGUUGUGUCGAUGCAGUGCUCAGUGAAAUAGGUGAGCUAUAUUCCGGGGCUUCAGCUGUAACGCAUCCUAGCCCUGUUUCUCAAACACGUCACACCAGGCAUGGAAGUCUGGAUAGGCAGAAUGCAAUCUCUUCUCCUCACACAGGUGAUCCCAAUCCUUUGCUGGACUGCAAUGAUUAUGGAAGAGAUUCAGGAUAUGUAUCAUCACAUAGAUCCCCCAAACAAUGGCAUGAUCAAGCCACUUGCAGAACAGUCCAUCAAAAAGAUCAAGAGUACCUGGAGCAGAGUUCAGACAUGCGCUUGUCUGAUGUCUGUUACCUGGAGCUUCACUGUGACCAAAACUACCAAAGUACUAGCUCAUUGUCAUCAUGUCAGAGCUCCAAUUAUCCAGAGGCAGCCUUUCUUCCUGGUGACACGGAGUAUAGCAGAUGGCCAACUGCUGAUAUUCAGCACAGUAUUAGUAGAGAAGGUGGUUGGAGUGAGGAGGAUGUUUCCUCUUGUGCAAACAGUGGAGAAGAGCUUGAGAGCUUUCUAGGAGUUUGGAACAGACGUGCAAGAGAGGACACACAAAGCAGCACACCAGGUCAUUCUUCUCACAACAGUUCAGAGCACCUUUCAUUGUUGUUUGGAACCCAUUAUAAUUCACCUUCAAGUUCUUCCAGUCAGGUGGACUGGAGGCCUCUGAGACAGGAAGCUGAGGGAGAAAACUUGGAGUGCGACUGUGCUGCAAACUGUCCAUUUUCACGUAGUUCUGGAUACCACACCACAGAUGCCUGUGCGAAUGAACUUGAGAGUGGGCCCUCUUGGAGCUUGAGCUGUUCCACUGUGUUGUUGACAGACUGUGAUGAUGGUUAUUUAGAGCCACAUUCACCAUGUGAUUAUUGCCCGUCAUCUGGGGACACUCUCGAUCUCGGUUCUGCUGAGAGUUUGGACAGAGAGUGGACAGAUCACAGCAUUUCCAGGGAGGAUGUAGGAGAAACACUGUCACCAGAGUCACCUGAAAUAGAUCCUGAAAGCACACCCAGGACUGCUGACGUAGGUUUUGAUGCAAUAAGUUUUAGCAAGGCUGUACUCACGGUCAGGUCAGCUUUAAAAGGGGCUUUCAAAAAGUUGGAAGGUUUGAAUACCGAAGAUGAAAAAGAUGAUAGUGGUACAGAGGCACCCCCAUCCUUGGGUAAACAAAUUUCUGAACCUGAGGAUGAGCAUAUCACUGUAGAUUAUACAGAGGGAGAGAUUAGCCUUACAGAGAAUUAUCCUCACUUUGCCACCUCAAAGGAGGACAGUGAUCCUUCAGUCUACAUGGAUUGUCUUGAGAUGCACGAGAAUCUAUCAUGCUCCCUUCAAGCAUCUCCACAUAAAGCAAGCCCCUCUCCUGGAACUCCAACAGAAUAUCACUCUGUAGAGAUUUCACAAGGAAAAGGAGACUAUUCAACAGAUGAAGAACUGUCCAAGUUUGAUAUAACGCCUGACCACCAGUAUGCAACAAGGCAGGAUGAAAGUCCAGUUCGUAACCAAGAGGAGGUGCGCUUAAGUCCCAUAAGGGAAAACCAUGUUCUUCAUGAAGAAAAUCAAGAAAGGCUGACUGAUGAAAAGCAAGGCAGGCUAACUGAUGCCAGUCACAGAGCACGUAUAGAGAAUUUCCAACGUAUUCUAAGAGAAAAGAGGCAAACUCGUCAUAGACUGUCCAAAUCUGCACAGGGAUCCCAUGGUUCUCAAGGCUCCCAAGGGUCCCAAGGAUCUCAGUCUCAAGAUGAGUUUGUAUCAGACUGUUGGAGAGAAGAUAAUCAGGUCAGAGAUGUUGAGCCCAGUACUCGACAGGCAUGGGUCAAAACAGGUGGAGGCUCUGGUCUGUAUGGAAUUGACAGUAUGCCGGACCUACGUAAAAAGAAGCCUAUCCCAUUGGUCAGCGAUGUGGCUAUGUCCCUUGUCCAAGCCAGGAAGGCAGGGAUCGCAUCUGCAAUGGCUGCUCGAUCAUCAAUUAAGGAUGAGGAGCUGAAAAAUCAUGUCUACAAGAAGACCCUGCAGGCUCUUAUCUACCCCAUAUCUUGCACCACACCACAUAACUUCGAGGUGUGGACAGCGACUACACCUACAUACUGCUAUGAGUGUGAGGGGCUCCUGUGGGGAAUCGCACGGCAAGGCAUGCGUUGUUCUGAGUGUGGUGUCAAGUGCCAUGAAAAGUGCCAAGAAUUACUGAAUGCUGACUGUCUGCAGCGUGCGGCAGAGAAGAGCUCUAAGCAUGGAGCUGAAGACCGCACUCAAAAUAUCAUCAUGGCCAUGAAGGACAGGAUGAAGAUCAGGGAAAGGAACAAACCAGAAAUCUUUGAGCUGAUCAGGGAAGUGUUUGUCAUCAGCAAAGCCAUCCAUGCACAGCAGAUGAAAACCAUCAAACAAAGCGUAUUGGAUGGGACGUCAAAGUGGUCAGCCAAGAUCACAAUCACAGUUGUUUGUGCACAAGGACUUCAGGCAAAAGACAAGACAGGAUCCAGUGAUCCGUAUGUCACUGUUCAGGUGGGCAAGACCAAGAAGAGAACAAAGACCAUCUAUGGAAACCUCAAUCCAGUCUGGGAGGAAAAGUUCCAUUUUGAGUGCCACAAUUCCUCAGACCGAAUCAAAGUGCGAGUGUGGGAUGAAGAUGAUGACAUCAAGUCCAGAGUGAAGCAGCGUCUGAAGAGGGAAUCUGACGAUUUCCUGGGACAGAGCAUCAUUGAAGUCCGAACGCUGAGCGGAGAAAUGGAUGUCUGGUAUAACCUGGAGAAGAGGACAGACAAAUCAGCUGUGUCUGGUGCCAUUCGCCUCCAAAUCAACGUGGAGAUCAAAGGAGAGGAGAAAGUGGCUCCAUAUCACGUGCAGUAUACUUGUUUGCAUGAGAACUUGUUCCAUCAUUCAACUGAUGUACUUGGUCAAGGUGUGGUAAAAAUUCCAGAGGCUCGUGGAGACGAUUCUUGGAAAGUCUACUUCGAUGAUGUGGGACAGGAAGUAGUGGAUGAGUUUGCCAUGCGCUAUGGGAUUGAGUCCAUCUACCAGGCCAUGACGCACUUUGCCUGUCUGUCUUCUAAGUACAUGUGUCCUGGAGUCCCUGCAGUGAUGAGCACCCUGCUGGCCAAUAUCAAUGCCUUCUACGCCCACACAACAGCCUCCACCAAUGUUUCUGCCUCCGACCGCUUUGCUGCUUCUAAUUUUGGGAAAGAACGCUUUGUCAAGCUCUUAGACCAGCUGCACAACUCCUUACGCAUUGACCUUUCUAGUUAUAGGAAUCACUUCCCUGCCAGCAGCAAGGAUCGCCUGCAAGAUCUGAAAUCCACCGUGGACCUUCUAACCAGCAUUACCUUUUUUAGGAUGAAGGUCCAGGAGUUACAGUCUCCGCCCAGAGCCAGUCAAGUUGUGAGGGACUGUGUCAAAGCUUGCCUCAACUCUACAUACGACUACAUUUUCAAUAACUGCCACGAGCUGUACAGCAGACAAUACCAGCCUGUGGACACGAAGAAGGAGGAGCUUCCUCUGGAGGAGCAGGGUCCAAGCAUUAAGAAUCUGGACUUCUGGCCCAAACUCAUCAUGCUCAUUGUUUCCAUCAUUGAAGAAGACAGAAACUCCUACACACCUGUACUGAACCAGUUCCCUCAAGAACUUAAUGUAGGAAAGGUGUCAGCAGAGGUCAUGUGGACAUUGUUUGCACAGGACAUGAAGUAUGCUAUGGAAGAGCAUGAGAAGCACAGGCUGUGUAAGAGCACAGACUACAUGAACCUGCACUUCAAGGUCAAGUGGCUCUACAAUGAAUAUGUCAAGGAGCUGCCAGUCUUUAAGGGUGUUGUACCCGACUACCCAUCAUGGUUUGUGCAGUUUGUGCUACAGUGGUUGGACGAAAAUGAGGAAGUAUCUAUGGAAUUUAUGAAUGGAGCUCUGGAAAGAGACAAAAAAGAUGGAUUCCAGCAGACAUCUGAGCAUGCUCUGUUCUCCUGCUCUGUGGUGGACAUCUUCACCCAGCUCAACCAGAGCUUUGAGAUUAUCAAGAAAUUGGAAUGUCCUGAUCCUAGGGUCAUGGCUCAGUAUAGUCGCCGCUUUUCCAAGACAAUUGCCAAAGUUCUUCUGCAGUACAGUGCCAUGCUGACCAAGAAUUUUCCAUCUUAUAUUGACAAAGAGAAGAUUCCCUGUGUAUUAAUGAAUAAUGUUCAGCAGUUAAGAAUCCAGCUGGAAAAGAUGUUUGAGUCAAUGGGUGCCAAACAGAUUGCAAUACAAGAAGCAUUGCAAAAUGAAAUCAUAGAAGAGGAGGAAGAAGAAGAAGAGCAGGUUGCAAUUGAGGAUGAAGCAAAGGCUCCGUCUGACAUGGAGAAGAUGGAUGCACCAGUAGAAAAGACUGAAAAUGCAUUUGAAGACAAAAAGAUGGACACAGAGGCUUGUGACUUGCUGAAUGACCUGCAGGUGAGGCUGAACAAUGUGCUGGAUGAUCUAAGUAGAACCUUUGGGAACAGUUUCCAGACUCGCAUCAACGAGUGUAUGCGACAAAUGGCAUCUUUGCUGUACCAGAUCAAAGGACCAGUCAAUGCCAACAACAAAAACCAGGUGGAGGCUGACUCUGACAACAUGCUACGGCCACUCAUGGACUUCCUGGAUGGAAAACUGACACUGUUUGCUACUGUGUGUGAGAAGACUGUAUUGAAGCGUGUGCUCAAGGAGCUAUGGAGGAUUGUAAUGACCAGCCUGGAGAAGACUAUUGUCCUGCCACAGGGCAAUGAUACCUUUGGAGCACAGAUUCUCUCAGCUGCAAAAGAACUGGGUCAGCUCUCCAAACUCAAGGAUCACAUGGCAGGGGAGGCUAAAAGCCUGUCCCCCAGGCAGUGUGCUGUCAUGGAUGUGGCACUGGACACAAUUAAGCAAUAUUUCCAUGCAGGAGGGAAUGGGCUGAAGAAGGCCUUCCUAGAGAAGAGUCCUGAGCUGUCCUCACUCCGCCACGCUCUGUCCCUCUAUACUCAGACAACAGACACACUCAUCAAGACGUUUGUGACCACACAACAAGCACAAGUGCACAAUGGAAAGGGUAUUAGGUUAACUCCCAAUGAAAAAAUACAACCCAGCAGGGGAUCAGGUGUGGACAAACCAAUUGGAGAGGUGUGUAUCCACAUUGAGCUUUAUACUCAUCCAAAGAGUGGAGAGAGGAAAGUUACUGUUAAAGUUGUGGGGGCCAGUGACUUAAAAUGGCAGACGUCUGGCAUGUUCAGACCCUUUGUGGAGAUCACCAUGAUCGGUCCUCACCUCAGUGACAAGAAACGGAAGUUCCAGACCAAGUCCAAGAACAACAGCUGGUCUCCCAAGUUCAAUGAAACCUUCCAUUUUGUUCUGGGUAACCAAGAUGGCUUUGAGUGCUAUGAGUUGCAAGCAUGCGUCAAAGAUUACUGUUUUGGUCGUGCCGACCGGGUGGUGGGUUUGGUCGUGCUGCAAUUAAGAGACAUCAUGGAGAAAGGCAACUGCGCCUGCUGGUGCCCCCUUGGACAGCGUAUAUACAUGGACGACACAGGCCUCACUGCCUUGCGAAUCCUGUCUCAAAGGUCCAAUGAUGAUGUGGCCAAGGAAUUUGUGAGGUUGAAGUCAGAAACUCGAUCAGCAGAGGAGGGCAGAUGAGGAUAUCUGGAGAACAAGACGGAAAACAAAAGGAUGGAAAAUCCUCUCCGAUUUUUAUUGUAGAUGAACAUGUGGACUCUUUCUUGGACCUGUGAUGUGUCUUAGCUACUGUUGACUGUUUGGUAGUGGGUUGCCAUUUCUCUUACAUCACUGCUAUGUUCUCACCUUGUUUUUUUUUUUUUUUUUUUUUUUUUUGACCAACAGUCACUUUGCAGUGUUCCUCAAACAUCCAUAUUAUUUGCUUUUCAGCAAACAGCCACAUAAAUGCUGGCUCACUCAAGCUUCACACUCAACAUCUGUUUCACAGGUUAGUGACCACUUACUCAGCUAUUUAACCUUAUUUGUAGCUCCUUUGUCAUCAGCCGGAGUGGCACGGUGAGCAUGUCAUAGCCUCAAGGGAACAGAUGAUGCCAGGUCCUGUUGAAGGGCCAAACAAAUCUCUGCACUUCCCUGGUGCAGAGAUUGUGCAAUAACCCCACCUCACCCCAAACUGUGGCCAAGUGUUUUAUGCCUUACACUCUGCAAACUGUGAAUGUGUGAAGUAGGCUUUUAAAAACCAUAUUCUCUAUCUCCUUGGGUGAUGGUUUGGGUAAAUGUGAAAAUACUAUGUUUUAUCUUAUAAAGGAGUGUUUUGUUUGAUGAAUGAACGAGCACUAGCUAGGACACAAUCCUGGUCAAGUACUGACAUACUUUGUGAAAUGAAGGUACUUAAAGUAACAAACCUUAAUUUUGCUAAUUUCACAGAUCAAUUUGAAGGAUUAAUUGGUUUAAUGUGUGCCUUGCCAUGUGAAGUUUCCAGCCCUAUUUCCCCGGGGAAAGGAAUAGCUAGAUAUAAAACCUGAGGGAAUAAAAAUCAGUAACAAUAAGGUUUAACUAAAAUCCUCAAGAAAAUUCACUGUGGAAGUUUAACAAGAGUUCUAUUUGAGCCAUCUUUAUUUAGCUCAUGUAGCCUAGUAUAACCAUGAUGGUGUAACCAUUUUAUUUAUUUUUUUAUACUUAUUUAUUUUUGUGUUUCAAAACUUGUGAUGGAAUUAUUGUUUACCACCAAAAAUGGACGUAUUUACCACGACAGUGUCAAAGGAUUUGCACAGUGGUUGGUCUAAGCUGCUGAUGUAGCCUAAAUUGGGCCUGAAUUGCAGCUUCAUAACAAGUUGAAAUACACACCCUCAAACUAAAAGUGACAAGCAAGUGCUUGUCAUGCAAUUAAUAACCAAGGUAACCAUGUGUGUCCUUGAUUUAAGAGAUAAUUGUCUUGUUGAAUUAUUCAUUUAGAAAUAGUAGAUGUUGAACUUUCUUCCAAAAAAUAAAAUCUGCAUAUCUGGACAAAUAUUUAAAGUUUACAUAUAUAAUUCUGUCCUGUUUUCUUCUACUCUUUGGAGUGGCCUUACUUUGAUGAAAAGAUAAUAAAUGAAGAAAAGUAAUCUUUUUUUGCUUUGUUUUGUUUUAUUUUUUUAAUUGCUUUUUUUUUAAAGCCCUUGUGUUUCCUUUGGCUUACAGCAAUGAUGACUAGCUACUUCUUUGCCCAUAAAAAUGUUCAUUGUCCAGUUUUCCAAGUGAUUUUCCGUAUCAUUUUAUUGGGUAUAUUUAUCUGGGUUAGGUUUUCUUUUUAAUGUGUUAUAGUUAGUGUUACUUUAUUCUUUCUGAUGUUAUAAAAGCUUUCCUUGGUCCUCCUUAUUAGUUUACGAUGGGUUUUUUUGGGGGGUUUUUUCAGUUGUGUGGACUGAAGUGAUGUGCGUCAGUGUUGUGAUGUAAUGGAAAAUGUGAAUGUUAGACUUAAUGAAAAAUGAUUAUUGCUCUAUUAUAAAACCCUCAGUGCGUGCACAUUGUGAAACUGGUCACAACCACAACUCAAUGCUCCUCUUUGUUACAGUGUAUUAACCCCUGUGAAUAAUUAACGUUAUUAGUUUAAGAGGGUCAAUGUUUCACAGCCAUUCUCUAAGCUACAUGUUCCUUGUGCCAAGUUGCUACUGUUUAUUUUUGAUCACUUUUUUUGUGUUUUCAAAAUUUUUAAACCCCUAUGCUAUCACUAAAUCACUGCUGUAGUUAUCAAGUACAGUAUGUAAAACACUGUACUUCAUUAUUUGUGUAAUCUUUGUCAUUAUUGUAAACUGUUGUUGCCAUGUAAACAUUCCAAAUAAUGAAUUUUGUAUAAAACAUUUAAUAAGUAUUUA